AUGAGACGACUACUACCUGUUGCAUUUAUAGUUUUUGGUGUCAUCAGUGGAGUGCAAUGUGGAUUCGGUCUAAAUGUAACUGUGUCAAGUUUCACAAAAAGUAUUACCAGUUCAAUUGGAAAUGGAAUCAAUUUGGUGGUUAAAGCGAAUGCAUCUAUCAAGAUUGCAGCUGAUGACGACAAUAGUGGGACUAUAAGAGCGCUCAUAGCAGUUUCGAAUAACGUGACAACUCCAUUGAAUAGGUUACUCGGAAGUAUUUUAGCUGCAGCAACUGCCGAGAAUGUCAACAGUGACGAGUUAUUCGUAAAUAUAUUCUCGUUGGUGGCGGAAACAAGACCAGCACUCGAUGCUGCAUCGAACGCAGCAAGUGAUCUCCAGAAAACUACGAAAGAAUAUCUUUAUCAAACGCUCAGUGGAAAUUUGACAGAAUUGUCUACCAUCUUAACUAACUUAACGGAUGGUUUGGACUACUUGCACCUGCAGGUUUACCAAGCAGCUAAUGAGGAAUAUCCUGUAACCAGCAAAAACAUUACCAUUUUCAUCAACAGUACGGUGAUUGCGGAUAUCACCAUGCCACUAGAAGCCAUUCAGAAUUACUUGACGCACGUGGCGUCCGUCAUAACAGUUAUCGCAUCCGAGAGAACUCAAGUCAUCAAAUACCUAACUCAAAUGAACGAAACCAUUAGCAAUGGUCUUCGCAAUAUUCAGAACUCAGCAAGCGGCUUCAAUCGCACAGUGAUAGAUGCUUACCAUCGCAUCAUGGCGCAGCAAGUUAAUACGUUUAAAAACAUCAAUCAAACUUAUGCGGCGAUUGUGUCGCGCGCGAGUUCUUACAAUGGCGGUGAUAUUAGUAACCUAACCAUGUUCCUCUCCGAUUUAGUAGCUGCCAACGCCAGUUUCCUACAGUUCGUCAGUCUCAGCACCAAUUAUACCAUGGAGCAGAUCAACCCGGUAUUACAGGACAGGAUAGCGGCCGCUACGAAAACUUUAACUAGAGUCGCCAGAUUCAUAGCGAACCAAAGUGCCAUCAAUAUUAGUCAACACGCUAACCAGUGUGCCCAGCGAUUCAUGCAGAAGCUGCAACAAAAUCCUGUAGUGAUCACGAGACUUUCCCGUUGCAUUCAGCAGGACUCGAAUGCUCUGCAGCCGACGGUUACUUUCGUUCAAUACCAGAUGGAUUUGGUAAGAUCAGCAGCCAGUUCAAUAGCGAAUCAAAUGUCCAAGGUUUGCCAGAGGAAUACCGGAGCCUGUGCAAGGGCUUAUUUUGCAGCCCUGCCAGACCACUCGCAGGUGAUACAGAACAAGAUUUCCGUCAUCGCUGGAGUGGUUAGUAACGAUGAGCAUGUGGUCACCGGGCGGAUUAUCAAUUGCCUCUAUGGUACCGGGGCGGACAUUAUCGAAAAUGCACUGCUGAUGACGAAAAAAUUCAACAGAUGUAUGCUGGUUGGACCUUAA